AUGCUGCUCGCUCCCACCAAGGGCCCUCCUCCCUCCUCGCCUGCACUCGCCCUGCUUUGGGACGGUAGCCUUCCGGCCCUGCUUGCGCUGCAGGCUCUCACCGACCAAUCAGAACCCGCCACGUCAGUCGGCUCGUCGACACAGAAUGUCGUAUUGACAACUCUUUUUGACCCGCAGUCAGGGCAAGUCCUGUCCCCUACCAGCAUUCCUGCUGUAGCCGCUACAGCUGAUGCAACCGCUACAGCUGAUGCAGCCGCUACAGCUGCUGGGGCGCCUCAAAAGUUGUUCUCAGGGCAAGUCCUGUCCCCUACCAGCAUUCCUGAUGCAGCACCUACAACUGCUGUAGCCGCUACAACUGCUGUAGCCGCUACAACUGCUGUAGCCGCUACAGCUGAUGCAGCCGCUACAGCUGCUAAAACCGAUGUACUACCAUCAACCGCUUCUCGGGCAGCUGAAAGUCUUUGCUGCCUGCCCAUCUCGAUCCGGGCAGUGAUGGACCAAUCGCUGGCGCUGAAACGCCCGCUGCUCGCAGUCCCUGUAGAGGGUUGCGAGUCUCUCUGUAACGGGGAUAGGAAUGAGCGGGGGGAAGGCGAGGGGCUGGCGAAGGGGCAGGGGAAGCCACAAGGGUCCGCCCUGGACUCCUCCCUCAAGUCUCAGGUGCGGUCUGAAUCCCCCUCAAUUAAGUCUCAGGUGGUGUGUGGGUCAGGUGAUAGAAGUGAUGUUUUGAGACGCCUCAAGACAUCAUUUCUCUCAAGUCUCAGUGUGGCUGGGUUCACGCCUAGCUGGGCGUCUGUGCUUCAGUCAGUUCGUGACUCCACGCUCAAGUCUCAGUCGCUCGUCAGAACAGCACCACUCACACGAGGCUCAACUUCCUUACAACCAUCCCAGUUCCGAGUCCUCAUGCAUGAGGCAGGCACAUGGCAGCAUGUUACCACAGAGGAGGCAGUUUCCCGGCUCGCUUCCUCCCCCUCACCUCCAUCGUCUCGCCCAUCAUUGGCUGGAGCUGCUCCUGUUGCUCGCCUGCCAUUCGUUCCCACAUUUGUGGAGAUCCAAGCGCCUGCGCCUGCCAGCCGGUUCAGCAGGUGGAUUGCCGCGAUUCGAUAUGUGAUGCAUGCGGUGUUGAGAUGA